GGAAAUGUUUUAUCUUUUUUAUUUUUAAUGGCGGCAAUCUUGUUUUCUAAACAAUAGCGUUUAUCACCGGUAAAUCACAUUUUUUGUAAAUAUAAGAAAUCAGCUUCGGUUGCUAUUGAAGAUGCCGAGGCUUACUAGACGAAGUGCUGCAUCCAAAGAGGAGGCUACACCUGAAAAAGAAGAAAAUACCAAGACCACAAGUCGAAGCAGAAGCAGGGGAACUAAAAAGGAGGAACCUAAACAGGAAGAGGUGUCCACUGAUGAGCCUCAAGAAACACCUGCUAAAAGGGGAGGGCGCCAACCUGCAAAAGCAAAAGAAGUGACUCCAAAAAAAGGUAAAUCACCAGCAUCUGGAAGAUCUACAUCUAGAUCUACUAGAGGAAACAAGCAAGAGGAGGAGGAGGAACAAGAACAGGCGGGAGAGGAGGAAGCAGAGGAGGAGGAACAGCCAAAAGGCAGUACUAGAAGUAGAGGAAAGGGGGGGAGAGGAGCUACUAAGGGAGGACGUGCCAGUAAUGCCAAGGCUGCAGAAGACAAGAAAGAAGCAGACAGUGAAAAGGACACUGAAGACAUUUCAGACUCCGGUGCUAAAGCCUCAACCAGUAAAAACAAAAAGUCUGUUACUCCACGGGGUGGACGAAGAAGUAGAGGCAAAGCUGGUUCUGAGCCUGCCGAGGAGGAGCAAGAGUCUAAAGAAGAUGAGUCCAAAAAUGGUGAUGAGCCAGCAGUUGCCCCAGACAGUGAUGUGAGCACAGAGCCCAAGGGUAGGCAGAAGCGAACCCCAAAUCAGAAACAGGCAGCUACCGCCACUCCACCAAGUGGUGGCAGGAGGGGACGUGGGCAGAAAAAAACAGAAUCUCAGCCAACCCAGGAGGGCUUGGCUGCAACAGAAACUGAAAGCAGCAAGGAAGAGGCAAUGGAAACCACAGAGGAAGAGGCUAAACCACAAGAGGAUAAGAAGCCAGAAGAAGAGCCAAAGCCAGGAGAAUCAUCUUUAACUACUGAGGAAACCAAAGAAGCAGAAUCCAGCCCAGGGAAAAAGCGCAAACUUGAGGAGGAGGAAGAGGAGGGUGAUAGAGAAGUGAAACGUAUCAAGGUCGUUGAGAGUGAACCACCUGCUGAGGAGGGUAAAGAGGAUGAUUUGACAGAUUAUGUUGUGGUUAAUAAAGAUGAAGUUCCAGCACCAGAGAGCAAAGAAGUUGUUGAGUCCUUACCACCAGCAAUUUCAUCUGAAAGUGACUCAGCAGGAGAUGAACCCAUGCCAGCUGCAGCAGAAAUAACUAGUCGGGUGGACACAACAGAUGCUAACUUUGUUGUUCCACUCACAGAGGCUGAGUUAGCCAAGCAGUAUGCUCCCAAACAAAAGGAAGAAACAGAUGAAACUUCCUCGACUCUGGUAGAAGUGGGCAGUGAGGCGGCCUCUGACAUCACCGGUGUGUCUAGGGGGCUAGACUUCAGCGACGCUGUAUCACUUGACUCAUCCAUCUCUGCAGAGCAGCCAGACCAACCUGCAGAGGUGCCAACUGACAAUCCCAGAAACUCUCUGGAGAAAGACAGCUCAGAAUUUGCAGAGGUGACCAUGGAAAAGCAGGCUAGUGCUGAAACUGAUGAACCAGACACUGCCAUAGAUCAGGUAGCCAACUUGCUAUCUAGCCCUGAAGUAGAUUCUGUAAGCCCUUUGCUAGCUACGGAGCACUGCGCAGACUUAAACCAGUUGUUCACUAACAACAACAAUUCUGGCUAUAAUGCUAUCAACAUUCAAGGAUCUUAUGACAUUCUCAAUCGUAAAUUUAUAUUGAACAAAGCAGUACCUGCUGAACUGAUGGACCCAGCUUAUUGCUUCAGUGUUGUCAGCUAUAAUAUUCUGGCAGACUGUCACCUGAAGAGGGGAGACUACUCCUACGUAAAGCCCCAGUUCUUGGAGACAGUUUAUAGACAUUUUCUUCUGAUGAAAGAGCUAACCUACUUAGAUGGUGACAUUGUUUGCUUGCAGGAGGUGAAUCCAUCAUACUACAAUUCCCAUUUGCUUCCAGAAAUGAUAAAGCGUGGCUACACAGGCUCAUUCAUGAAGAGAACUAAAGAUUACUGGGAUGAAGGAGCUGCUACAUUUGUCAGGAAGAGUAAAUUUGCUGUUGUCUCAAGCCAAAGUAUUUCAUUGCGAGAUCUUGCAUACAAAGCAGUGAAUGGUCUCAACCUGAACCCAGAAAUAAGUGAGGCAGCUAAGAAAUAUUUAGAUCGGGCUGAUGUCAUAUUGCUUACUCAGGUGAAGUUUCUGAAGACAAACGAGAUCAUCACCAUCUGCAACAUUCAUGUUCUGUAUGACCUAGAGGCACUUGAUGUCCAGUGUAUUGAGGUGGCCUGUGCCAUCAAGGAGCUGGUCACCAACUCAGGAAGUGACUUAAACCCACACAUCAUUUGUGGAGACUUUAACUCCAUGUACAACUCCCCUGCCUACCAACUUGUUAAAGAUGGCUACCUCAUUGACAACAACAUCAAGAAGCUACAGGCUAUUCAGGCUCUAGAGCUGACAGACAAUACCGUUUCAAAGGCUAUUGUUAAUCACAUGUGGGGAGCUUUCCAACAUACAUCUUCAAGCCUUCAAAGUGCCUAUUACACUAUCAUGCAAAGGGAGCCAUUGUGCACCACGUACACCAAAAGCAGCUACGGAACAUUGGAUUACAUUUUCUUCUCUUCUUUGUCCUUGCAUGUCAUUGGAGUGUUGGAAACUCUGGAUGACAAGGUUGUCAGGAGAUUAGGAGGCCUGCCUUCCUCUAGUGUACCAUCAGACCAUCUUUCUCUCAAGGCAGUAUUCAGGACUAGAGAGGAAAAGAAUUGAAAAUGAUAAUAAAUUUCCUAUCUCCAAGAACAGGAGAGCUUUACCCGACAUUUUUAACUGUGUCCAAAACUAUCAGUUCCAAAAUGUUUAGUUUAGUAACCAGACGAUCACUGUUGUUUUGUUUUUUUUUCUCUGAAAAAGAGUUUAUGGUUUUCUAUAUUAAUAUUUUUAAAAAGUUUUACAUUAGCUAAGCAAUUAGUUUUAUACAAUUAAUUAGUUAAGAAAAAAUAUUUUUUUUUUAAAAGGAAAUAUUUCUGUUUAGAAUGAGUUUCCAUGUUAAGGUGCUAGUGUAAAUCUAAAUGUGUAGAGCACCAGAAGCUUGUCUUGCUAAUGGUUAAUAGUCUUCUAGCAGCAUCUCAGUCUUGUCUACUUGACUCUAGAAGAUAGUCUUUAUGUUCAUAGCACCCUAAGUAUCAUUUUGUAUGUCUCUACACACACAUAUAUUUAUAUAUAUAUCAUAUUCUACAUAAACCUUGGUUAGUUUUUACAGCAUUUGAAUUCCUUUGGAAACAUUAUGAAUGAAGCAUGAAUAGAGGACAUUGGUUUCUUCUAACAUAGAUCAUAUAUUCAAAAAAAAUGAAUUUGUUUUGUUUUUUUAUCUCAGCAAAUGUUUUAUAAAUUUCUUUAAAAUAAUUUUAAAAAUAGAGUUUUUUGAAAAUAGAAUUAGAAAGCAUUUUAAGUUUAAUCCAUUUUUGAAUAAUAUAAAGGUGUAGAAUCUGAUGGUUAAAGAUGAAAAAUCAAUCAAACCUAAAACUAGCUCAUAGCUAACAAGCUUCUCUCUAACCUGUUUAGGUGACAGUCUAGCAGUCUUUGACAAUACCAACUUCUCUGACAGUGUUUAAAAAAAACAACAACAUUCACAUGAUGAGAUCAAAGCUUAGAAGUUUCUUUCAAUUUUCUGGAGGCAAUUUUUUAAAUAUUUUUAUUAAAUCUGAGAAUUCUUUGCAAAGUUAUGGCUAUUAUUAAUGGGUCCAGAGAUUGUACAUAAUUGUAACCAAUAUCACAAUAUCUCAGUUUUGUUUCGAUGUUACUAAACAUUAUUAUUUUCUCCAAGUGACUUGUGUUAUUAAACAGUGUGCCACACAAAUAUAUAUACAUAAAAAACAUAUAUAGGGAAAAUCCUAGGCCAUAAUUUAUCUUUCUUUCUUUUUUUUUUUUUUUGUGGGAAUCUUUUUCAUUUGCCCAUCCAGAAAGUGAAAAGUCAUGAGUUUAGUUUUAUUCAACUUUUUUUUUUUUUUUUUUUUUUUUUUUUUUUUUUUUACUCUUGUUUAUUGUUCAAGAAUGUAAAUAUAGCAGUACAUCUCAGGAGGGCUGGACAUAAUUGUUUGUUCAAUCAUUCAAAAUUAAUUCAUUUCAUAUGCAAGUUAAUAAUAAAAAAAAACAUUUUUGAAAUAGCUUUAAAAAUAAACUUCAGGGCAUUGAAACUGUAAACACUUUUGACUUGACAUUGACAUCAAUUAAUUGUAGUACAUAGACUAAACAAAAUGUAAAUUAUUUUGAUCAAUAUUUCUAUCAAAUGAAAUACACACGUAGAUUUAAUUGUUAAUCACUAGUAUUACAAAUAAUUUGCAAUUAAAAUGGAAAAUGUAUAAGUAACUUUUAGGAUGACAUACUUGAUCAACUUGCCUGUUCAAUACAUUGAAAAAGUUUCCAAAUUCUAGAAUGACAACCUGCAUUUUUUUUUCUGUAUUAUUUAGCAUUAUUUUGUUGGUGGUAGUAAAAAUAGUUCUAGACAUGUUUGUACUUUAAAAUGAAAAAGGUAAAACUGUACAUUAGUCAAAUAGAAAGUACUUUUAAAAUGAAAAAGGUAAAACUGUACAUUAGUCAAAUAGAAAGUACUGUUGGUUUAGUCUUGUGCUUAGGAUGUCUUUUUAUGAAUUAGAAGGCUCUAAGUCCUCAAUAAUCUGUGACAGAGUAGAGCAGCUGUUGUCUGGGUUUAGUGCCGCAAUGAUUGUUGUAUUUCCAAUCUAUGUUACCAGUGUGUAUGAAGAACACAUGGCAUUGUCCUACUGGGCUCUGAACAAGGUGGAAUCGUCUUAAAAGGCCCACAUGCUUAAGCAUUAGGAUUUCAACCAAAUAAUCAUAAUCCACCAGGACAAUGUUGGAGGUCUAUUGACUGAGAAGUGAUGACUUAAGAGUACAAAGAAUACAUCACCUCAAAUUACACCCAAGCUUUUAGGUUCCUGUUAAGUAACUUGUGCUAUGUAAUAUUAUAAUCUAUUAUAAAGAAUAUAGCCAGGGAUCUGUACUUGGACAUUCAUUGCCAGAAGUGACCAAUUGGAAUAGAAAACACUACUUCUGAGGAGUCUCAAGAAUUUAUCAUAGUUUAGUACACAUCUUGUGAUAUAAAGUUGUUUGUGGUUUUAGAUAGUUACUAAUGUAAUAGUAAUAUAGGUUAUAAAUACUUACAAACCUGUUGAAUUUUUAAAAAGAAAAUGUUGAUUUUAUCAUCAACAGUUGAUAAGGAACCCUAACCAGGUAUUUUGCAAAACAUUUGAUUCAUUUAGUGCAUAACAUAGAAAAAUAGUACAUAAUGUUCAUUUGAUUUGUUUUUACCCAUGAAUUUUUUGAAAUAAUUGAAAUCUUUCAGUUUCUAUUGAAUAUUUCAAACUUCUGUCCAACAUCAUCUCAUAUUUGUAUUGAGUAGACCACGUUGUAUAUUGUAUAUAUCCUCCUCCCCCCCCUUGUUGUUCUGACAUAAUUGUAAUAAUAAUUGCUCUAUUUUAUCUUAAGCAGAUGUCUUAUCUGAAUAGAACAGUUGAUAAUAGUAUCUAUACCAUUUUCAGUACAGUUUGAUUUUUUAAAUUAUGUUAUGUCAAUAAUUUAUCACUAUUAUCUUAGAGUUCUGUUUGCUAGGUUCACUAUUACUAAGCCAGUGGGUGCUUGACAUUUGAGCAAUACAAAUGACUAGACUGUUUCCCCUUAUGUUAACUCAGUGGACUCCAACUCAGGCUCUGUACUGUAGCCAUGCACUCUGUUAUAGUUUGUUCUGAUGUAAGUCACAUUUCAACAGUCUUCACUGUGUGCUAUGAGCUUCGAUGUUCACCUUUAUGAAGCAUGUCUCUUUUAACAAUCACAUGACUUGAGUCUAAACUGAAAGAGGAGACUUGUCAAAGGAAAUCUUUACCUAAAGUUUUGUUCAAAGAGAUCUUUUCAUAAAAUUUGUCAUUUCUAUAGGGAAAAAAAAAGUCAGAGAUUGGAGAUAAUAAAGUGUUGUAUUUCCAUCCUAUUAGAUUGUGUCAUGUAUUUAAACUAUUGAUAAUUGUUAGAAUGUUUCUUGCAAUGGCAACUUCAAAAACUUUUUCUUCUAGAAAAAAAAAACAGAAGAAAAGUAUGUGUUCAUUUCUGUGUGGCUAUUUUUUGGAAGAUUAAGAAAUGGGUUAAUUUUGGCAUCUAUAUUUUGUUUACUUUGACUGUUGUGUGAGUUUUUUAUUUUUUUUUUUUAUUUCAUUUGAACAUUGACAUGAAAUUCAUUAAAAUAUUUUUUUUCAAAUAAAAUUCUAAAUUUUAA